AUGGAUAAUGGGAUUUUUUUUUCUCUCUCUCUAGGUCGGGAUUCGACUCGAGACGCAUUUUCUCUUCUUCUUCUUCGUAUGGAUCGGAUAGGAUUGGUUGGUUGGCUAGAGAGAAAGCAAGGUUUUGUUUGUGGGAUGGUUGGUGGUAUCAAAGGUUUAGAAGAAUGCAUGGUCGAUGUUGGGAGCGCUGACGUGCUGGAGAUGAUCCGAUGUUGA